GCAGCCUCUGUCUCCCUGUGUCCUUCUGCGGAAAUGACACACACGGAGCCCCGUCACGUCACGCGAGAGCACACGGACACGCAGCGCACAAAGACACGUUGGGGAAGGAGGGGGAAAAAACACGACACGGAGUUGAGUGGACCCCUUCAAUACUGGACCGUUAGCAGCUUAUCUGCUGCUGCGCCCACUCAGGAACACUGCAAACACUGGAGGAUCCGGAUUAGAUAAAAGGGUGAAUCUAAUCCGAGGUGGAUCAAAAAAUGAACCCAACUGACCUGAGAGAAAAUGAUUAUAAAGAAGUCAGAGUAAAAAAUGAAGAGUCAUUUGAAAAGGAUUCAUUGAACUGCUUGAGGUCUAGAUCUGUAGAGAGACGUAUGCCAGAUUGCACAUUUAUUUAUCAGCCGGAGUCCAACAAGCGAAAACAAAACUCACUUAUAUGCAAUGGGUCAAGCGGGGAACAGGAAUUUAUAACAACCUUUAAGAAACGGCGGCUUAUUACAGAGAACCUGUCUGUAUGCACGAGAAACAGAGAUUCUGGAACAUCUGCUCUGAUGAAUAUGGAGUUAUCAAACAUAAACUCAGACUACAACAAAAUAUCUUCAUGUGAAGAAGAUGAAAAGGUUAAUGAAUAUGCUACCUCUUAUAAGAAACCAUUAUAUGGAAUUUCCCACAAGAUAACAGAGAAGAAAAAUCCCAUUGCGUCAGAUCUUCUUGCUUCUUUUGAGCAUUAUGACAAAACAAAUCAGGGCAGUUCAGCAAGUUUGCAUAUGUUUAAUGACUCGCGCAAACGUGAAUCUUCGGUAAGCUCCAUAUUAUCAUCAGUCAGUGAUGACUCAAACAUUUACUCUUUGAUACAAAAAAUGUUUUUCACCCUCAACACACUUAAUUCUAACAUGUCACAGCUGCAUAGUAAAGUUGAUCUCUUGUCUCUUGAGGUAAGUAGAAUAAAGAAAAAGGUCAGUCCUUCUGAGUUGGUGGCUGAGUUUCAGCCACCCCCUGAAUAUCAGCUUACUAGUGCAGAAUUAAAGCAGGUGAUGGAUCAGAGCUCUUCUGCUGGUGACAUGUCAUGCCGGUUGUUAGUUCAACUUUUUCCUGAGCUUUUUGGAAGAGAUGAGUUUUCGAGAAACUGUAGCACCUGUGGAUUCUUCAACAAAAAUAAACUUGAGUCUCUUCAUCUACAGCUUAUACGAAACUAUGUGGAAGUUUGCUAUCCUUCUGUCAAGAACACUGCUAUCUGGCAAGUUGAGUGCCUGCCUCAAAUAAAUGACUUUUUUAAUCGAUUUUGGGCUCAGAGAGAGAUGGAAAGUAGCCACCAAGGUAUUCAGUCAUCUAGUUUCUUUGAAACUCAAUCAGAGCAGAAUUCUAAUUUUGAAGAAAGCAAGGAGGAUGAAGAUGACAUUUCUCUUGAUAGAACCAACCCUGUUGUCUCAGAAUAUGCACUUAAUUCAAAUGAUCUUAAUGAAUUUUUAGAUGAAGCUUCUUCUCCAGGUGAAUUUGCUGUUUUUCUUCUGCACAAGUUAUUUCCAGAAAUAUUUGACCAAAGAAAGCUUGCUGAAAGAUGCACUAGAACUGUAGAACCUGAGACCAUUGCUUUGGACCCACAUCGACUACAACUGAUCCGACAGUACACAGAGAUUUAUUUUCCAGAUGUACAAGAAGAUGAGGCUUGGUUGGAGCAGUGUGUGCAAAAGAUUAAUGAUGAGUUGGAAAGUGUGUUUAUGGAUGGUAGUGAGUGCGAUGACAUGAGGGAUGACUGUUAUGACUCAUGUAGCCUGCCAGAUGAUCUAUCUGUUGUAAAGGUGGAAGAUUCCACUGAUCUUGAUAAAUCAGGAAGAAGGUCCAAAAAAGUAUGGCUUGUUCCAUUUGACUUUGAAAAAUUUGACAUUCCUGCGCCUGACUUUGAGGUCCCUUUUCCACACUUCCUUUUGAGCAAGGAACAAAUUAAAAAUAUUUAUGAAAGCAGUUUGUCCAUUGGAAAUUUUGCCUCACGUCUUUUAGUUCACUUAUUUCCAGAACUGUUCACUCAUGAAAAUUUGAGGAAACAAUUCAACUGUAGUGGUUCUCUUGGCAAGAAACCUCUAGAUCCUGUCCGGUUAAAACUUAUUCGGCACUAUGUGCAAAUGUUAUAUCCAAGGGCAAAGAAUGACAGAGUAUGGACCCUAGAAUUUGUGGGGAAGUUAGAUGAGAGGUGUCGACGUAGGGAUACAGAGCAGAGACGCUCCUAUCAGCAACAACGAAAAGUUUUUGUACCUGAAAAAAGAGACUUUAUGUCUUUUGAAAUGAAUCCAGAGAGAUUUAGAGAGUUAAUAGAAGGACCACCACUGCCUCCAGAACGUAGUACAAAGGACUUCUGCAAAAUACCCCUGGAUAAGAUUGUAGUUCCACCUCCUGACUUCCCAGUGCCUUCAAUGUAUGUGCUGAGUGACAAAGAAGUGAGGGACAUUGUACAACAGAGUCUCUCCGUUGGUAAUUUUGCAGCCAGGCUGCUAGUAAGACUCUUCCCAGAGCUGUUUACCCAAGAAAACCUUCGUCUUCAAUACAACCACUCAGGUGCUUGCAACAAGAAGCAGCUCGAUCCUGUACGGCUAAGGCUGAUUCGGCAUUACGUGGAGGCAGUCUAUCCAGUUGAUAAAAUGGAAGAAGUGUGGCAUUACGAAUGUAUUCCUAGCAUUGAUGAAAGGUGUAGGCGCCCAAAUAGAAAAAAAUGUGAUAUACUUAAAAAAGCAAAGAAAGCAAAAAAGUAGAACCUGCUGAAAAAACUUUUUGGUUAGUAAAUUAUUUGUAUAAUUUAGAGAGAGAUUUUUUUAUAGAGCUGCUUUAUCUGUUUUUAAUGAUUAUUACUUGCAUAUGAAGUCUGUAUGAAUAGUAUUCAGGAAUGUUAGAAUGAUAGCAGAUUUGCACUCACCUGGGAAACAAACCUGUUUUUAUUCACUGGUAGUAACUGUAUUAUUACUUUUUUAUCUUGGACACUGUUAUGUGUUUUAUUUGUUUUUAAACUAUUAAUUGACCAUGUUCUCAGUUUGUCAGUGUUAAUAUAUAAUUAAUGUUUUCCUUAUCUUAUAAAAAUGUUUUGAGUUAUACAGUAUAAAAACAAACAGAGUUAGUGUUAUGUGAUGGAUAUCAUAUUAUAAAACACACCUUUAUUUCUGCAUUAAAGGCACUCUAACAUGUCUUUAACAAGUGUACAGUUUAUGUGCUGCUUGUAUAGGAUUUUCAGAAUAUGUUGUCUUUUCAGCAGUUCUGAGCAACAUUGGGUGCAUUAUCUUGUGGAAUUUCUUUUUCUUUAAUACAGCUUUGUCCAUAGUAACAAGUUUAUCCAGUCAAUUAAAACGACAUACCGUGUAUGACACUAGAUUCAUAUGCCUUUGAGACCCCAUCGUGUCCUUGAUUGAUGAAUAUAAUAUGGGCUAAGAUGUCUGUCUAUAGACAAUAUCCACUAGAACCUUUCUCAAAUAUAGGUAAUAUUAGUGUUAUGAUAUGUUUUUUUGUUUUUAAACCUUUACCCUUGGUGCUAAAUUUGAAGGGCAUCUUGAGCUAACUGAGACUCCCUAGUUUAUGCACUUACCAUAUCCCAGUAUAUUUACUGGUGUUAAGAUGGUAGGAAGAUUCUGCCAUGUCUUUGUGUCAUAGAUUAUACAUUGGUGUAGACAUUUUAUUUCUUUUCCAAUGUUGAGAAAAUCACCACACAGUACUAAAUAAAUUGAUAUUCCACAAAAUAGUAUGUCCAUGCUGCUAUGCUUCAAUUCAUGUUCUCAGAAAAACCUAGCAGACAGAUAAAAGAUUUCACUACCAGAAAGUCAAGUGGGUAAGUCAGUCACAAUGUCAGAGCUACUGAACAGCCCAGGGAGUGACGUGAGGUCUUGAAUUAAAAAAUGCUGCUAGUGGAUGAUAAUACAAAGUUGUCUAGCACAGCAUGUUUAAUCAAAUUUUAUAUACCAGGGUACCCACAGCUUCUAAAUGUUACAUUUUGGUUUUUACUUGUUGUUAUUCACAUAUUUAUAAAUAUAAAUACAACCUCUCCUAGCUAUAGGAAAAAAAAAAUGGUUAAUCAAGUAUUUUUUAGGUGGUCAGAAAUAUUUUAACUAUGCAAGAAAAAAUAAAGUACAUGUUAAAGGUA